AUGGUAGAUAUAACAGAACGAUGUUUAUUUCUAUUCUUGGUGUUUAUAUUUUGUAAAUGUCAACGUAUUAAUUGUGAAACGAUAGAAAAAACUCAAGCUGCUCGUCAAACUAAUGAAUUAGACAAACAGGAUAAAAUAGAUAAAUCUAAAGUUUAUUCAUCACCAAAAGCACAUGAAUUUUUAUCUUAUGAUAAAUGUAUGCAACGUAUGAAAUGUCCAGUCAGCCGUAAGGAAGAUUGUAGUGAAGAAUGUCAUGCAGGUAAUACAGAAGAAGAAAUUGAAGAAUAUACAGAAAUAACAAAAAUUGAACAUCGAAAUGCAUUAAAUAAAAAACCAAAAUCAAGAAUUCAUACAAAAAUUAAAACACGAUUAAAUAAAAUUAAAAAUAUAUCAAAAACUAAACAAACAACAACAACAACAACAACAACAACUAAUUCAACAAAUCCAUCAACUAUAAAAACUGAAUUAUAA